GAGAGGGGGUAGUUGCGCGCGAGCAGUGAGCGAGAGCGCACGUUCUCCCGAUACUGGUGUGUGACCGAGCCAAUAGGCAGUGUUCGUGACAUAGGGAGUACUACAUGUGGCGACGAGAACAAAGGUUGCCCCAAACCUACUACACAAAAUGGCGAACAUCCUUCCAACCCCAGAAAAGCUCGACCUCGAGGGAGACAAUGCGGUGGUGGCCUUACGUUGGGAAAAGUGGAAAAGGUCGCUAAGUAUUUACUUAGAUGCAUCAGGAAUAAGUGAAGCUUUAAAAAAACGAGCAACCUUACUGUUAUUAGGAGGAUCUGGACUACAAGAAAUAAUUUACAAUAUACCAGGAGCAUACGUUGUUGGAGAAGCAAACACUGACGUUUACAAAACUGCAAUUGAGAAACUUGAUGCCUACUUCUUGCCUAAACAGAACAGAAUAUUUGAGAGACAUGUUUUUCGUCAGAUAAAACAGGAAGAAGGAGAGAAGUUCGAAAAAUUUGUAAUUAGAUUAAGACAACAAGCAGAAAAGUGUAAGUUUACGAGCCCAGAUGAACACUUGAUUGAUCAAAUAGUAGAAAAAUGUUCUUCGUCAGAAUUACGGAAAAAAAUACUAACAUUAGGAGACGAUGUCACCCUAGAUAAAAUCAUAAAGGAAGCAAAUACAUUGGAGAUUGUAGGACAUCAACUAGAAGAAUAUGGACAAAAAAACACAAUAAACGAGAUAAACGCAGUCAGAAGUACUACUAGUAAGUUCACGGAUAGAAAAUACAGAAGCGAUAGACAAACAUCCAGAAAUAAUAUGGGAAGUGGACAAGGAACAAAGGAAUGUGGUAGGUGUGGAUACAGGGAACAUACGCGAGCAAAUCAGGCCUGUCCAGCAAAAGGAAAACAAUGUAACUCAUGUAACAAAAUAGGUCAUUUUAGUUCUAUGUGUAGGUCUAUACCAAAAAAACGGAAAAAUGAAGAUAAUGAGGAGUCAUAUAAUAGGAAAAGCCAAAUAAAGCGAAGCAAGAAUGAAGUGAAUACAGUAGAAACGGAAGAACCAAGUAACAAAUCAAAAGGUGAAGGGAUUUAUUAUAUCUUCAACUUGAAUGAUGACGCUGUAAUAGAAUGUGAAAUGGGAGGUGUCAAAUUGAAUGUACUGAUAGACUCUGGUUGUAAUUUAAAUGUAGUUACAGAUAAAACCUGGAAUAAGUUGAAGGAUGAAAAAAUAAAAAUAUGUAAUGAGGUUAAAGGAACUAAAAAAACACUAUACGCAUAUGGAAGCAAAGUUCCACUAGAUGUUAAGGGAACAUUUGACACUGCUAUAAGAGUUAAUAAAAAAACAGAACCAGCCACAGUCUAUGUUAUCAAUAAUGGCACGAGAGAUUUACUGGGCAAAGAGACGGCUAUUAAAUUAGGAGUAUUAAAGUUAGGAGUCGAGGUCAAUACAGUCGAACAAAAAUACAAACCUUUUCCUAAAUUCAAGGAUGUUCUGGUCGAAAUACCUGUCAAUAAGAAAUGCCAACCUGUAUCACAGCCUUACCGAAGAAUACCUAUCCCAAUUGAAGAAAAAGUUGAAAACAAGAUAAAAGAGUUGUUGGAUAGCGAUAUUAUUGAAGAGGUACACGGCCCAUCACCGUGGAUUUCACCAGUUGUACCUGUACUAAAAGAUGAUAAUGACCUACGUUUGUGCGUGGAUAUGAGACGCGCAAAUGAAGCAAUUCUAAGAGAAAACCAUCCCCUACCCUGUAUGGAUACCCUAUUAACAAAAAUAAGAAAAGCCAAAUGGUUUUCUAGAUUAGAUAUAAAAAACGCGUUCCACCAAGUGGAAAUUCAUCCGAAUUCUAGAUACCUCACUACGUUUAUUACGGCCAAAGGGUUAUAUAGGUACAAGCGAUUGAUGUUUGGAAUUACGUGCGCGCCAGAGUUAUUCCAAAAAAUAAUGGAGAGGAUGCUGACUGGAUUAGACGGUAUCAUUAAUUUUAUAGAUGACAUUUUGAUAUUCGGCGUAGAUGAAAAUAAUUAA